GCACGUUCAUCUGGCCUUCCUGCAAAUGCAACUUUCGGCAACCAAAACAAAGAACGCAGACAGGUUUACUCGUUCAAUACCUAAAGAACGGAAUCCGUUAAGGAAGUGACUUACUCGACCGUUUCCAGGAUACAGUGAAACUCUUCUAAAACUGCAAAUCGUGCGCUCCUGGCAUAUCGUGACUAACAAUUCUCCUGGUGUGUUCGGUAUAAAAACGUAAUCGCGUCGGCUAUUUACUUGGUAAAUACAUUCCGUUAGUGGCCUGAAAGUUAAGAAAAAAGGCGAUGCAUUUAAAGAUAAAGGCGCAAUAAUGCCAUGACACAUUACGCCGAAGCUUGACAGGGAUACCCAGAUUAUUGGCUUGCGCCAGCGUUCCACAUUCGGUCACGGGAGAUCGUAAACGUCGCUGUUGCGGUGCGGUUGCAUAGUUGUGGCUUAAGAAACGAGUUCUGCCGUCCGGGGCUUCAGCAGACAACCGCAAUCAGUUGAAUCUGGCAGGAGUUGUGUUUUUUCUCUACCGGAAACUAUGGAUUGUCUUCAGAGCUUCCUGUGGACUGUCUUAGCAGCGUAUGCGGCUUCGACGAGUUCCGACCUGGAUUUGUCGCUGAUCAGUUCCGAUCCGACAGGAAAUGCAGUGGAUGAGUCGGUGGAUCCCGUGAAGACCAUAAUGUCACCGCAUGCUGACAACAAUAUUUGUGCGACACCGGCUUGCGCAAACACCGCUAAAGAGAUGCUGAACUACAUGAAUUUAACUGCCGACCCGUGUCAUGAUUUCUACGAGUACGCCUGCGGCCGUUAUGGUGAACAGCAUGAAAUUAAAUCCGAUGAGUGGGCUGUCGACCAGUAUUAUUAUCAGGACGAAAAAUUGUUCCAGGAAAAACGAUUGAUUUUGGAAAGCAACGAAACGGAAGCCAGCCACGCGCGGGAAGCAGCACGGCAGUUAUACAAGAUGUGCCUCGAUACAGAUGCGUUACGAAAGAACGGCGUGCAGCCGGUUCUGGAUAUCCUGCAGAAGACAAUUGGCGGUUGGCCUAUCCUUACUCCCAACUGGGAUCCCGACGCGUUUGACCCGUGGAAAGCGCUGACUUAUUUGGAUCAAUACGCGUUUUAUCCGUUGUUGGGUUUGAGCAUCGCGCCUGAUCUGCGCAACACCUCCUUAAAUAGGCUGUCAAUUGGCUUUCCCGAUGGAAUUAGUAAGUCCUACCUUAUUGCCGCCGUGAAAUACAAUACAUUGUAUUCCAAUCUUAUGCUGAAUGUCACACGGAUAUUCGCAAAUCUGUCAACGGUGAAUGGAGAUUCCGAGUCGCGGUAUAACUGGACGGAUAUUGAGAUCCAGCUGCAUAAAACCAUGGAUGUUUUAUACUUCUUAAGCAGCUUCUAUCCAAACACCACCGAACUGCUAAAAUUCGAAAAUUUCUACAACCUCCGAACAUUGGCUAAUGUGAGCUCCAGUUUGUUCUUCCGAUCCGAUUUCUCCGAUGGCCUCACUGAUUUUAUUCGCAAUUCCCUGUCCGUGGGCGGCAUGGGCCAUUUGGUUAGCGAGGACAUGGUCGUUAACAUCCAAAAUCCAGCCGCCAUGGAGGCUUUCGACAAGAAAAUGGCAAAGACUGAGCAGCUGGGCGUGGAGGGCAAGCGUUCCUUGGCUAACUACCUCGGGUGGAAGAUCGUCGACAGUUACAGUCCGCAUCUCGCACAGUCACUCAUUGACGAGCUGGAGGUGCAGCAGGGACAGAUUGCCGGAAAAACUCAACACUUUAAGACGGAACCCAUCUGGAAACGUUGUGUACGCACAGUCGAAACUUACCUGCCGUUGGCCCUGGCUUCCAUCUAUGUGGAUAAAAAACUCGAUAAACGGGUCAAACAAAAGGUCUCGAACAUGGUCAUUAACAUCCGCACUUCAUUCGCGGAACGUCUCAAGAGAGCCGACUGGAUGGACGCCGAGACGCGCGCGCACGCCCUGAAAAAGCUGCACGGCAUGCUGGAGUUUAUUGUGUACCCGGAAUUUUACGUCCACAACAUCUCUCUCAUUGAGGAGAUGUACGAGAAUGUCACCGUAGGUGCGGGAAUGCUUAAUAUGACGCUGGAGUACAUGCGCGAGGUUAGCAUUCGGCAAAAGAAGCGACUGGGCCAAAUCAACACGCGGGAUUACAGAGUGUACGUGCUCGAUCGCUUGUACACGGUGAAGACCGAAGUCCAAUAUGCGCCGAGAUUCAACGACAUAGACAUUUAUGCCGGCUUCGCACAACCCCCUUUCUUUGAUGUUGAUACUCCGGAUUACCGUAAUUAUGGGAGCUUGGGUAAAACAGUUGGGCACCAGAUGACGCAUGGUUUUGAUAUUCAAGGUUCGAAAUUCGAUGAGACGGGGAGUUUUUACAAUUGGUGGAGUGAUUCGUCGCGAAAGGCAUUUGACAGCAAAGCCUCGUUGAUUGUGGAGCAGUACAGUCAGUACCAAACACCUUUCGGCAAUAUCAACGGCAACCUGACUUUAUCGGAGAAUAUCGCUGAUGCCGGCGGACUAAAGACUGCAUUCAAUGCAUAUCAGCUACACUUGCAACACCAUGGCAGUGACCUGCAUUUGCCGGGAUUGCAGAAUCACACGAAUAAUAUGAUGUUUUUCUUAUCAGCUGCUCAGGAGUUAUGUGGUUUACAACGGCCGGAAAUGUUGAAAUAUACCCUAAAGUACGAUCUACACACACCGUAUCGCUGGAGAGUCAAUGGAGAAAUGUCCACGUUCAAGGAGUUCGCCAAAGCCUACAACUGUCCAGCAGACAGCCCCAUGAUCUAUGAUAAGUCUAACGGUGUGUGGUGAUGACCUGUGCCGGUGACAUUUCCCACUGACUGUUAUUCUCCGGUUGUAGUCAGUUAAUGCAGCCGAGUGUUCGAUUAAUAACUUCUCGCUGUAGCGGUUGAAAGUAUUUCUUUAAUAGAGUUAGUAACAUAAUAUUAUAUGGUGCUUUUGAUUCGAUGAAAUAUCACUUGUUACAAGUAUAAAUGUGGCUAUAUAACUA